AUGGAAACCAAACUGGAGCAUCACGAGCAGAAUGCCAACCUGGCCCUGCAGGAGGAGACCUUUGUUAACAAACUGUUCCGCGAAAUUGUUGGUCCAUUCAUAUUGGAACGCAGCACGCAGAUCUGUGCAAUUAUCCUUUAUAUCGUCUAUUUGCUGUUAGCCAUACUUGGUUGUUUAAAUAUGAAGGAAGGGUUGGAUCCAAAAUUCCUUGUUCGAGAAUCUUUCUAUCUCAGCAAUUUCUACAAGCUCAUUGAGGAAACAUUUUGGCUGGAAGGUCUGCAAAUGCAGGUUGUUGUAAAUCAACCGCCGGAUCUUUUCAAUCCAACGACAAGAGCUGAAUUCUCUAAAAUGAUGAAUGGUAGGCUUGCCUGAAA